AAACCGUCAGUCCGUCACGCUUUGUCAACAUUCACAGCACUUGUCUGAAAAAACCUACACAGUACAACCCUAGACACACACACACCCCUUCCAGCUCUCUCUCUCAUACUGCAACACACUUCAGUCCCCUAUACUCCGUCCCGCCGCCGCCAACCGCCGCGGGGUCCGUUGUCGCCGUUUUCGUUUCGUUUAGUUAUUGCAUUUGGAACGCCGUUGUUUUACCAGGGCCGACGCUUUUCAGUUUUCAGGCUUUUUUCUGUUUGGCAUUGAGAGGAGAUUAAAUCGUUUUCGGUUAUCGCACGGGGUAUAGAGAUAGGCGAUUACGUGUGUACUAGGUUGUUAAAUUAGAGGUUAUUGAGAAUGGCGGAGAAUGAGGGAGCCGGAGAUGAUCAUCAGGGGCUCAGUGGGCCCCCCAAGUCGCACUGGAAGACGCCGCCGCAGGCGACGGGCGAGAUUUCGUCGCCGGUAGCGGCAUCGGAUUCUGAUUCGUGGCCUGCGCUUUCCGAUGCUCAGCAGCGGCUCAAGACUAACGGCUCUGGUUCAGGUUCAUCCAAGUCGCCGCCUCCGCCGCCGCCGCAGCAAACCAAGGCGGCCGACGCUACUCCCGCUCCUCCACCUCCGGUUUCGGGCGCCGGAGAGCAGCGGAAGUUUCAGGGGCAUGCCAAUGCUAAACCUUCAAAUAGGCCCCUGCCUGCACGCCAACCAAAAGCAGGUCCAAGGCACAGGCCAAAUGGUGUACCCCCAUUUCCAGUGCCCAUGGCUUAUCAUCCACCAGCAAUUCCUCCUGUUUACCCUGCCAUUUUACCUGUUCCACAGUUUCAUGUGCCUGGAUACGCCUACCAGCCUCCCCGAGGCCCAUUUCCAGGUACUGAAAGUCACAUGGUUAAGUCUGGUUCCAAUACUGCAACUCAAGCCUUUGUUCCACCAGGUAAUGGUAACCUUGAGCCACCACAAGGGGAUCAUAUUCCCUAUGAUUCCAAAUCUUUUAUUGGAAGGCCAAAUGAGCAUCAGCGCCCAAUUGGCUCUAAAGACAACAUUCAGCUACAACCAAGCAUGGGCCAAAGGCCUUUCAUAAGACCUCCAUUUUACGGUCCAGCUCCAGCGUUUGUUGAUGGAGUAAACUUUCAUGGACCUCCAGGAGCUAUAUAUUUCCUCCAUCCUGCACCCCCAAUUGGUGUCAGAGUGCCUUACCCACCUCACUUUAUCCCACCCCCAAUGGCUGGAGCUCCUAUGCCACCCUCUCCAAUAUUAACUUUAAGAGCUAGCAUAAUAAAGCAAAUUGAGUAUUAUUUCAGUGAUGAGAAUUUGCGGAAUGACCACUACUUGCUUUCUCUGAUGGAUGAUAAAGGUUGGGUUCCAAUUUCUACUAUUGCUGAUUUUAAAAGGGUCAAGAGCAUGAGUACGGAUAUACCUUUUAUCCUGGAUGCAUUGCAGGCUUCAAGUACAAUUGAAGUUCAGGGAAACAAGGUGAGGAGACGUGACGAGUGGGUGAAGUGGGUUCGAACUACUGCUGAUCAGAAAUCAUCCCCUCCUGUUCCGACUCCCCAGGAGCAAUCUGGUGAAAAGGUUGUCCAUGAUUUGAAGAACAAGGAGCUCAAUGAAGAAACAGUGGACAGCGUUGGGGUGACAAUUCCACCGGCAAAUGGAGUUUCCCUUGAGCCCCAAUCAUUAGUUGCAGAACCACAAAAAUUGCUAGUUGGUAAUGGUACAGGGAACAUAAGAAAGAUGCCCCAGGUUCUUGAUCAAGCAUCUCAUUUACAGAGUGGUGUUGUGAACACACAAUCUGGUAGAAUUGAUAAAAUUGGUUCUGUUGAUGGUUGUGCUGGGCCAUCCUUUAUAGAAGACACAGGAAAUGCUGACACAGAUUCUUUUGGGGGCCAUCAAAGCAUGGUGUCUUCAGAUAUGGUUGGGCAGAACAUGGAUGACUUAUCUAAUGAUUUCUCAAGCACUUUCAUGCUUGAUGAAGAGCUAGAAUUUGAGCAUAAAACAACAGUGAAAAACCAUAUGGCUUUAACAGGAAGAGUUGAUGAUGAAGAUGAUGAGAUGGGUAUGAAUGAUGAGGAUAUUGAGAAACUUGUUAUUGUCACUAGGAAUACCCAAAUCCAUGGAGAGAGUGGUACUACUGGGAAAAAGUCAAAUCCCAUAACUUCUGAGCUUGCUUCUGCAAUAAAUGAUGGCCUCUACUACUAUGAGCAGGAACUCAAAGCUCGGCGAUCUAACCGUAGAUUCUAUAACUCUAGUAAUGAAGCUAGAGAUGAGAAUUCUAGAUCUUCUGCUACUCUAGCUGCUUUAUCAAAACCGAGGACCAGUGAUCAUUCUUCUGAAGGCAAUGGCUAUGAAUGGCCUGAGAACUCAAAUUCUCGAAGGAAACAAAUUAAAGGAUUCUCUAAACAGUACUCAGUACAUAAACAGAGGCUUUUUAUUGGUAACUCGAGAAAUCAUGGAACUAAUCGGAGCAGCCUUGGAAUAAUAUCUGAAAGUCCACCUUGUGAUUCCGUAGGCUUUUUCUUUGGUUCUACACCCCCUGACAGUCACGGGCCAAGGCCUUCAAAGUUGAGUGCUUCCCCUCGUGGCAGUCUUUCAGGCAGUAGUCCACCUGUUGGUUCCAUGCCAAAGCCAUUUCCACCUUUCCAGCACCCAAGUCAUAAACUUCUACAGGAAAAUGGGUUCACCCAACAGCUGUACAAGAAGUAUCACAAGCGCUGUCUAGGUGAGCGCAAAAAACUUGGAAUUGGCUGCAGCGAGGAAAUGAAUACAUUAUACAGGUUUUGGUCAUAUUUCCUGCGAAAUAUGUUUAUAAAAUCAAUGUAUAAUGAAUUCUGGAAAUUUGCCCAAGAAGAUGCUGCUGCUAAUUAUAACUAUGGAAUGGAGUGCCUUUUUAGGUUCUAUAGUUAUGGCUUGGAGAAGGACUUCAGGGAGGACCUUUAUGAGGACUUUGAAAAGCUGACACUCGACUUCUAUAACAGAGGCAACCUCUAUGGCCUUGAAAAAUAUUGGGCAUUUCACCAUUAUCGUGAGGCACGAGAUCAAAAAGCACCACUGAAGAAAAAUCCAGAAUUGGAUCGGUUGCUCAAAGAAGAAUACCGUAGUUUGGAUGACUUCAAGCAUGCCAAGGAGAAGACUGCUACGACAUAAGAGGAGAGGGCGUGUUUCUUAGCUGUAGAACUGACAAUGUCCAAAAAUAUUAGAAAGGUGAGGCUAACAGUUUAUGCGGUGAGGUGGAAUUGAUUCUGUGUUUUGGAUGGAGUGGGAAGCGAGCAUUGCUGAUUUUUGUACAUAAUAGUGUAUUUCUGGGUUUGAAUUUUACCCGGUUUUGAGGGCGGAGCAAAAGAGUUUAUUUUUUGUAUUUAGAGGUUUCAUUAGAAGUGCCCCUGUAAUUGUUUUUUGGAAAUUUUUCAGCCAGCUCUGGAGAGGCACCCUUUCUUUCGUUGUUUCUAACUUGUAUAUAGCAAAUAAUGGGAAAAAAAAUGAUGAAAAAAGUUUGACUUGGAUGUUAAUUUUGUAAUCUAUUUGUUGCUCUUA